GGUGCGAGAGGCGAGAGGGUGUCCAGAUCAGCGAGAGGCGAGAGGGUGUCCAGAUCAGCUAGGGCGAUGUUUCUACAAGGAAUGGAAGCGGUUUUGGUCGCUGCUGUAGUGGCCUACGCGUCAGCCAGUCCGGCGCUGCGGCAGAGUUCCUGUGGGGGGGAGGUGACCCUACAAAACGGAGAAUCCAUUUACUUCACCUCGCCUAACUUCCCCUUCCCCUACCCCAACGAUAUCAGCUGCCUGUACCUCGCCCAGUCUCCGCCGAGGACCGCCAUCACGGUGAACUGCGCCUCAUUCAGCGUGACCCCCGCACGGGACUGCACACUGGACGUGUUCUACGUCUCGCCGACCGGAGACCGCUUCAUGUCGGACGCGCGCUAUUUCUGCGGCUCCGGCGUUGUGGACGUCACAACGGAAGGCAACGCCUUCGCUGCGUAUUUCUUUUCUCGACCCAAAUUGUCUUACAACUUUUAUCGUGGCUUUCGUUGUCUCCUGUCUGUAGUGCCUAAAGACCAGAGCUCGGGGCAGACUACAACCAACGCGCCUCCGUCGACCACCGCUCGCGGCCCCCAGCCUACGACUGUCUUCCCCGAGACUAGCCCGCCGGGCGACUGCGAGUGUGGGCGUCGCAGCGCUUCGAGGAUUGUGGGCGGGGAAGAAGCCACGCCCAACGAGUGGCCAUGGCAAGCGGCCCUUCGCUUCUCUUCUAACGGCGAAGUCUUCUGCGGCGCGACCCUCGUGCAGGACAGCUGGUUAGUGACCGCCAGCCACUGCGUCGAGCAGUUCGACAAGAAGGACAUUUUCGUCAGCCUGGGCGACCACAUCUACAACCAGAACGCGGACACGCAGUAUGAGCAGCACAUAACCAUCCAAGAAAUAAUCAUGCACGAAAACUACGACCCACUUACCGUCGACAACGACAUCGCUCUCCUCCGUCUGAGCGGCCCCGUCCAGUACAGCCCCGGCGUCGGCCCCGUCUGCCUGCCCUUCCAGUUCGCCGCGAAGGACUUCCAGGGGGAGAACGCCAUUGUGACGGGCUGGGGCACCAACGUCUUCCACGGCAGCGUCAACGAGGCUCUGCACGAGGUGGAGCUGCCCAUCAUCUCCGAAGCCGAAUGCAAGGACUUCCUCCCGGGGGCCAUAACCAGCAACAUGAUGUGCACGUACGACCCGGGCCACGACGCCUGCCAGGGAGAUUCAGGUGGGCCGCUCGUGUGGGCGUGGCAGGGGCGGCACUACCUGGUGGGCGUGGUGUCCUGGGGGAGGUCAUGCGCUGAAGUAGGGUUGCCGGGAGUGUAUGCGAGGGUCACCAAUUACCUCGAGUGGAUAGAGGCAAAAACGGGCGGUGGAUUUUGCUAUCCUUAAGGCGUCUUCGUCUUAAAACUUCUGAGCUUGAUGAGAUAUCGAAAAAUAGACAGAAAAGAUACAUAUCAUUCAGAGUCAUUAAAGAUUUCAAUUGUUUCAAUGUUAUAUCUAAAUCAUAAUAAAACGUCACUUCUU